AUGGUUGUUUCAAAUAUUGGAGAGAAGGACUCUAACCUCGAGGCCUCGAAGCACCACUCCGGAUCUGAGAUUGAUGCUGAAGUCAACGUCGGAAGCCAAACUCCAGUACUGGCAAAGAGCUUUAAUCUUCUCAGCGCUUGUGCUACCGGAAUCACAACUGGAAAUGCAUGGGCUGUGCUUGGAGGUGGAAUUAGCAGUGCUGUUGUCUCCGUCUUCUAUGCUCCCAUCGCUGCAUCCAUCGCGGAGCUCGCUUCAUCAAUUCCAGCUUCCGGAGGAGUGUACCACUGGGCUUUCAUCACUGCAGGUCCUCAAUAUGGCAGAAUCUGUGGUUGGUUCGCUGGAUGGCUAAACGGCCUGGCGUGGAACUUUGCUGUGGCAGGGAACUGCUCCAUGACCAGCAGCAUGAUUGUCUAUGCGUAUGCAUUGUACCAUCCAGAGUACCAGCCUCAACGCUGGCAUGUAUUUGUCUGCUAUUUGAUUAUUUCUUGGGUAUGUUGUUUUAUUGUGAUGUUCAUGCAACGAGUGCUGCCCCUGAUCAGUCGGUUGGGAUCGUUCUUCAUUGUGGCCGGCCUCCUUGUCAACGUAAUCGUCUGUGCCAUAAUUCCAGGCAAGAAGAAUCCUGGUUACGCAUCAAACGAUUUUGUUUGGAAAGAAUGGCAGAAUACGACCGGCUAUUCGAGUAAUAGCUUUACAUUCCUUGCUGGUAUGCUUAACGGUGCCUUCGCAAUCGGAGCGAUUGACUGUGUUACACAUAUCGCGGAGGAGAUUCCUCAAGCAUCUAAGAACAUCCCCAAAGCUUUGGCUUGCCAAGUGACGAUCGGGUUUGCCACUGGUUUCUGCUACCUGGUUGCUUUACUCUACGCAAUCAACGACUUGCCAGCGAUCAUGAGCACAGAGUCCAUUUGCCCGAUAGGAGAUAUUUAUUUUCAGGCGACUGGAUCCAAAGCUGGAGCUGUGGGCCUUUUGGUCUGCACCAUCUCCCCAAUAUUCUGUGCAACGAUUGGCUGCUACAUCACAUCUGGCCGAACCAUCUAUACACUCGGUCGCGACGGAGCCACUCCAUUUGCUCGGCAGAUCGGAGCUGUCAGCUCGAAAUGGCACAGUCCGUUGAGCGCAACUCUGGCUUGUGGCAUUUUUGUCGCCUGUACAGGUGCCAUAUACGUGGGAUCGUUGACGGCAUUCAAUGCCUUCAUUGGCUCGUUCGUUUUACUGACUACGCUAUCAUAUCUCCUUGCGAUUCUGCCGCAUCUUUUGACAGGCCGCAAGAGUAUUCGGCCUGGGCCAUUCUGGAUGGGCAAGUAUGGCUAUUUGGUCAAUACUAUCGCUUGUGCCUAUAUUGUGGUUUCCUUCGUGAUUUACUCUUUCCCGUACAGUUUGCCGACGAAUGCCGAGUCCAUGAAUUAUACAGUCGUGAUCACUUGUGGCAUGACCGUUUUGGUCGGCGCUUGGUGGGUCAUCCAUGGCAGGAAGAACUUCAAAGGGCCACAUCUCGAACACAUGGAAUAG